AACAAACUCUAGGUUGAAGCGUGUAAUCAUCGACAAACAAACAAGAUUUGUUCAUGUUCAUGAAGUGAACUAAUCCUAAGGAUUAAGGAUAGAAUAAAUUUUUUGUUGAAAAAAAUGUCAAAUAAUUCAUGUGGAGAUUUGGUUGAUGGAGGAUCUAACAAAGUAAAUGGAAGCAAUUACUUAAAACUUCAACAGUCACAAGUAAUACGGAAUAAUAUUCAUGGAAUAUCACAAUUACUCAAUACUGGUCUCAACGCUGAAUGUUUGGAUACUUGUAUUAAACUUAUUGAAGCAGGAGUUCAUCCUCAGGCCUUAGCUGAAGUCAUCACUCAAAUAAGGCGUGAAGUUACUGCUUUAAACAACGAUGAUAAUUAAGAUACAUAUUGACAAUAUUCAUACCUUUGUUUAUUAUUAGUAUAUUACAUACAUAUGUAUGUACAUCUGCACAUAAAUAUGGUUGCUAUAAGCAUAGUCUAUUUAUACACGUUCUAAACAAAUAAAUAUCUAUUAAAAGUACCUAUAAA